AUGGCGAUAGCCAUGGGCUGGCACAAACCCGAUAAUGUCGCCGGCUCUUCUGCCCCGGCAAUUAUGGUUGGCCUCUUCGUAGCGACCGGUGGUCUCUUAUUCGGAUACGAUACAGGGACGAUAAAUGGUAUUCUUGCGAUGAGUUCGUUUAAGAGUCAAUUCAACACCGGUUACCGAGACCACGACGGCAGUUAUGACCUUUCCCCUUCUGAAAUUUCCAUCAUCGUCGCCAUCUUAAGUGCCGGUACCGUCGCCGGUGCCAUCAUCGCCGCCCCUCUUGGUGAUUGGAUAGGCCGUCGAAUAUCGAUCAUCGCCUCCGUCUGCGUCUUUUCUUUCGGCGUUAUAUUUCAAGUUUGCGCGGAUGCUAUUCCGAUGCUGUUAGCGGGCAGGUUCUUCGCUGGUGUUGGUGUUGGAUCCGUAUCUGUCCUCGUCCCUUUAUAUCAAUCCGAGAUGGCCCCGAAAUGGAUUCGUGGUACGUUAGUUUGCGCAUAUCAACUUUCAAUAACGUUCGGUUUAUUGGCGGCAUCCAUCGUCAAUCUCAUCACCCAAAAGAUGGCCGGUCCACCUGCAUAUCGGAUUCCCAUGGGUCUUCAGCUCACAUGGGCCUGCGUACUAUGUCUCGGCCUCCUCGUCCUCCCCGAAACCCCUCGAUUCCUCAUCAAACAGGGUAAUAAGCACGCCGCUGGUCUCGCUCUUAGUCGUCUUCGCCGUCUCGAUAUAACACAUCCUGCCCUCGUCGAAGAACUCGCCGAGAUCGAAGCGAACCACGAAUACGAACUCGCACUGGGAACCGCCUCAUACCGUGACCUUUUUAUCGGAACACCUCAUCUUGGCCGUCGGACGUUAACUGGUUGCUGUCUUCAGAUGUUACAGCAACUUACCGGUAUCAACUUUAUCAUGUAUUACGGAACUACGUUUUUCACUACCGCUGGCGUCUCGGACCCUUUUCUAAUCUCCCUCGUCAUGAACGUCAUCAAUGUCGUAUCGACUUUCCCCGGAUUAUUCGUCGUAGAAACAUGGGGCCGUCGGAAAUUACUCAUCGUCGGCGCGCUAGGCAUGGCCGUAUGCCAACUUAUCAUCGCUAUAUUUUCUACCGUUGCUAGUGACUCGCAGAGCUCGUUGGUAGCCAAACUUCUCAUCGUCUUCGUCUCCUUAUUUGUUUUCUUCUACGCCGCCUCGUGGGGUCCAGUGACCUGGGUCGUUACAUCAGAAAUAUAUCCCCUCAAGAUUCGCGCAAAGUCUAUGUCGGUUUCCACGGCGUCGAAUUGGUUAUUAAAUUUUGGCAUCGCCUACGGUACACCCUUUAUGGUGGAAGAAGGGAAUGGUUAUGCCGCCUUGGGGGCCAAAGUCUUUUACGUGUGGGGAGCUUUCUGCGUGCUUGCCGCCAUCUUUGUAUACGGUAUGAUUUAUGAGACGAGCAAAAUUAGCUUGGAGCAGAUCGACGAGAUGUAUGAGCGUGUCCCCUUCGCGUGGAAGAGCAAAGAUUUCGAACCGAGCUGGAGUUUCCAACAGUUACGCGACACCGGAUUUGCAGAUAGCGGUAUCCCACCACCCGAACACGAAUUACAAGCCUCUAGAACGACGACGACUACUAGCGAGAGUGUACAGACGAUACACACCACAGAUUCUAACCCUAAUGACAGCCAAUCGGAAGAGGAUAAGAUAAUAAAUCAAAUGGGUAUGGGUAAUGUCGACUUCAGCUAUUGA